UUAGCAAGCAGCUUUGUUGUUUAAGCCAUCAGCUUUGCUAUACGACACGAGUGGGCGGACGGCGACGUUGGCGAAGAAGACGAGAGCAGGGCAGGCACCCAGCUAGCUAGCCGGCAAUGGCGCUGCCGGCGCCGAGGUGGCUCCGGCGGGAGGUGCUCGUGGGCCUCGCGCUCGGGCAGUUCGUCUCGCUGCUCAUCACCUCCACCGGCUUCUCCUCCUCCGAGCUCGCCCGCCGAGGCGUCAACGCGCCGACGUCGCAGUCCCUGCUCAACUACAUCCUCCUCGCGCUUGUCUACGGAGGAAUUAUGAUCUACAAACGGCAACUUCUGACGGUGAAAUGGUACUACUACUUGAUCCUCAGCAUCGUCGACGUGGAGGCUAACUACAUCGUCGUGAAGGCUUACCAGUACACGUCCCUGACGAGCGUGAUGCUCCUGGACUGCUGGGCGAUCCCCUGCGUCCUCUUCCUCACCUGGAUCUUCCUCAAGACCAAGUACGGGUUGAGGAAGCUGUUCGGCGUGGGGAUCUGCGUGGCCGGCGUCGUGCUGGUGGUGUUCUCCGAUGUGCACGCCUCUGAACGUAAAUCAAAAGGACCCAGCCCCUUGAAAGGCGAUAUGCUUGUCAUCGCCGGGGCCACGCUUUACGCCGUCAGCAAUGUCACCGAGGAGUAUAUUGUCAAGAAAAGCAGCAGGAUUGAGGUGAUGGCGAUGCUAGGUGUUUUUGGAGCAAUUAUAAGCGGCAUACAGAUAAGCAUUCUUGAGCGGGAAGAACUUAGAUCAACGGAAUGGAAUGCCAGCGCAGUGCUCCCUUUUAUUGGAUUUGCACUAGCAAUGUUCCUGUUCUACUCCACAGUGCCUAUUAUCUUGAAGAUAUGCGGCGCAACCAUGUUGAACCUAUCGCUUCUGACCUCCGACAUGUGGGCAGUUCUAAUUCGUAUCUUUGCUUACCAUGAGAAGGUCGAUUGGAUGUACUUUGUUGCUUUCGCCGGCACUGCAAUUGGUCUCAUCAUCUACUCAUACAAGGGCUCCAGGGAGGCUGCCGAGGACACGGCGCAGGUCACAGGCGCAACUGAUGAGGAGGCCGCAACAGAGAACCACGGGGCGGAGCGAGUGCCCGGUGCCGGAGAAGAUGAUGGACCGGACACAAACAAGUCCCCGUCGGAAGCAGCUACCUCAAGGUAGCAGUCAGUCGACUGUCUGCUGCCAACUUGGCAUGUGACUGAACAUGUAUAAAAUAGGAUUAUGAGUUGACACAGGUUCACUGCACAGGGUGUAUACUGGUUCAUUCUACAAUUGUUUUGUAAACAUGGAGCAACAAUGGUAUUGGUAGUUUAAUGAUCUUUUGCUAA